AGAACCGAUUCGCGGAAAUGGGUCGGACUUCCCAUCUGUAGUGUUAAUGUGUGUGUGUGUUUGUGAGGGCAGUGAGUUCGGAUUAUCGUGUUAUGGGUGAUUGCACCAUCUGUUAUUCCUGCUCUGUUAGAGCUUUAUUUUUCCGCGUAAAACAAGCUUUGUGAAUCUGUAGAGAAGUUCUGGAGAUGGCUGUGAAGCGAGAAGCGACGCGAAAUCCGUCGAUGGCUAAACGGCUUCCCUGGGUUUGGCUGACGUCCCCAUCGCUUCACUGAAGAUGGACACACUGGAGUCGGAGUUGACUUGUCCAAUCUGUCUGGAGCUUUUCGAGGAUCCUCUUCUGCUGCCUUGCGCCCACAGCCUGUGCUUUAACUGCGCUCACCGUAUUCUGGUGUCCCACUGUCCCUCGUUCGACGAGUCCAGCAAACCGUUCUCUGCGUUCCAGUGUCCCAGCUGUCGCUAUGUCAUCACCCUCGACCAGCAGGGACUAGACGGCCUCAAGCGCAACGUCACUUUGCAGAACAUCAUCGACCGCUUCCAGAAGGCGUCUCUGAGCGGCCCGAACUCUCCGACCGAGACGCGUCGCUGCAAUCCUCCGCCGGUGGAUGACGACAGGGUCAUGAGUUCACCGAGCGAAGCCGUCCAGUGCCAGUUCUGUGAGCAGGACCCGCCGCAGGAGGCGGUCAAGACCUGCGUCACCUGCGAGGUUUCGUAUUGUCAGGAAUGCCUGCGUGCGACUCACCCGAACAAGAAGCCGUUUACGGGACACCGGCUCACGGAGCCUGUACCGGACUCUCGGCUCCGAGGACUGGCCUGUCCCGAGCACGGAGAGGAGAAGGUCAACAUGUACUGCGUGACGGACGAUCAGCUGAUUUGCUCGCUGUGCAAACUGGUCGGGCAUCACCGUGAACACCAGGUGGCAGCACUGGGAGAGCGAUUCGACAAGCUGAAGCAAAUGUUGGAUUCGAACCUCAGCAAUCUGAUGAAGAGGAACAGUGAGCUGGAGAACCUGAUGGCGAAGCUGAUCCAGACGUGUCAACAUGUGGAGCACAAUGCAGCUCAUCAGGAGAACAAACUGACAGAAGAGUGUGACACGCUGAUAAACAUCGUCCAGCAGAGAAGACAAAUCAUCAGCACCAAGAUCAAAGAAGGAAAGGUGGUCCGCUUGAGAAAGCUGGCUCAGCAGAUCGCUAGCUGUAAGCAGUUCGUGGAGAGAUCGUCCUCGCUCAUCGCUCAAGCCGAUCAGGUUCUGAAAGAGACGGACCACGCUCGAUUCCUGCAGACCGCCAAGAGCGUCUCGGAGCGAGUGUCGAUGGCGACGGCGUCCUCACAGAUCCUGAUCCCAGAGAUCAACCUCAACGACGCGUUCGACGGGUUCGCACUGGACUUUUCCAGAGAGAAGAAGAUGCUGGAGGCUCUGGAUUACCUGACCGCUCCGAACGCUCCUAACAUCCGCGAGGAGCUCUGCACAGCGUCUCACGACACCAUCACAGUCCACUGGAGCUCAGAGGACGAGUUCAGCGUGGUCUCGUACGAGCUGCAGUACACCAUCUCCACCGGACAGACCAACGUCGUCAGUCUGUGUAACUCGAUGGAGAGCUGGAUGAUCGUGCCCAACAUCAAGCAGAACCACUACACGGUCCACGGCCUGCAGAGCGGCACCAGGUACAUCUUCAUGGUGAAGGCCCUGAAUCAGGCUGGGAGCCGCGGCAGUCCUCCGGCCAAACUCAAGACCAACAGUCAGCCGUUCAAGCUGGACCCAAAGUCGGCCCACAGGAAGCUGAAGGUGUCCCACGACAGUCUGACGGUGGAGCGGGACGAAGCCUCGUCGAUGAAGAGCCACGCUCAGGACCGCUUCGGCAGCUCGGGGAACUACGGCGUGCCGGGGAACGUGUUCAUCGACAGCGGCAGACAUUACUGGGAGGUUCUGAUCGGAGGAAGCACAUGGUUUGCUAUCGGGAUCGCCUACAAAUCGGCUCCCAAGCACGGCUGGGUGGGGAAGGACUCGGCAUCAUGGGUCCUGAGCCGCUGUAACACCUCGUGGGCCGUGCGUCACAACAGUAAGGAGUUCCCCAUCGAGCCGUCUCCUCACAUGCGGCGUCUGGGCGUCCUGCUCGACUACGACCUCGGCUCGCUGGCAUUCUACGACGCCGCUGGAACGCAGCACCUGCACACCUUCGACAUCGCCUUCUCUCAGCCCAUCUGUCCCGUCUUCAGCGUCUGGAACAAGUGUCUGACCGUCCUCACCGGGCUCCCCAUCCCAGACCACUUAGAGAUCAGCGACCCGCGCGACUGAACGCUCCUCCGUUAAACCUGCUGACAGCGUGACAAUGAACUGGAAACUCAUCCGUGUCUUGUGUCUUCAUCAGAUUUGGAGAAACGUAGCAUUGCAUCACUCGCUCACCAUUGGAGUGAAUGGGUGCCGCAGAAUGAGAGUCUAAACAGCCGAUAAAAACAUCACAGCACUCCAGUCCAUCAGUGAACAUCUGGAGAACACCAGAACACUUUUUCACUGGAGGAAGCGUUAUUAUGGAUAUUAUUUUGAAUAAGCCUUUAUUUUAUUUUUUUUUUAUUUUUUUUUUGCUGCCCCCC